AUGAAGCUGGGACUCACCUUCGUGUUGCUCUCUCUGCUGGCAGGCCACUGUGGAGCCGACACCCGCACCGUGGGAGCACCGGAAUGCCAGCGGCACUCUCAGCCCUGGCAGGCGGGCCUCUUCUACCUCACACCGGCAGCUGCCUGCGGAGCCACGCUCAUUAGUGACCGAUGGCUCCUCACAGCUGCCCACUGCCGAAAGCCGUACCUGUGGGUCCGCCUUGGGGAGCAUCAUCUGUGGCAGUGGGAAGGCCCUGAGAAGCUGCUUCUGGCCACAGACUUCUUCCCCCAUCCCGGGUUCAAUUCGGAUCUCUCCGCCAAUGACCACAAUGAUGACAUCAUGCUGAUCCGGCUACCCAGGAAGGUCCAGAUGAGUGCAGCUGUGCAGCCCCUCAACCUCAGCCAGAGCCUGCCGACCGUGGGCUCCCAGUGCCUUAUCUCUGGCUGGGGCAGCGUGUCCAGCUCAAAACUACAGUACCCAAUGACACUUCAGUGCGCCAACAUCAGCAUCCUGGACAACAGGCUUUGUCGCUGGGCGUACCCAGGCCACAUCUCUGACAAGAUGCUGUGUGCUGGCCUGUGGGAGGGUGGCCGAGGAUCCUGCCAGGGUGACUCUGGGGGACCCCUGGUGUGCAACGGAACCCUGGCGGGUAUCGUGUCUGGGGGAUCUGAGCCUUGUUCCAGACCCCAGAGACCCGCUGUCUACACCAGCGUAUGCCACUACCGGGACUGGGUUCAAAAAACCAUGGAAGAAAACAGUCUAUAG